UGGAAUCAAUUUUAAUGUUUAUUCUGCAACGGUCUUUGAAAAUUGCUUGAUCAUCAUUCUGGGAAUUGUGAGUGGAAGAUAAUAUAUGCGAAGCUUUUGGAGGAGAUAUAUUUAUUGUGGGAGUGUUUGUCAUUUUAGCCGAGUAAAUGUCGUUCCGUAGCAUAGUCCGUGAUGUAAAGGAUAGUUUUGGGAGUUUAUCCAGGCGGAGUUUUGAGGUCAGGCUUUCGGGUCAUCAUAGGGGAAAAUCCCAGGGUUCAGUCCAUGAAUUGCAUGACCAGCCUGUUGUAAUCCAGCAUAGUCGUUGGGCUACCCUUCCUCCAGAACUGCUCCGUGAUGUGAUUAAGAGGUUGGAGGCAAGUGAGAGCACCUGGCCAUCACGCAAGCAUGUUGUUGCAUGUGCCGCAGUUUGCAGGUCAUGGAGAGAGAUGUGCAGAGAGAUUGUUAUGAGUCCUGAGUUCUCUGGCAAGCUUACCUUUCCAGUCUCCCUUAAACAGCCUGGGCCUCGUGAUGGAAGCAUUCAGUGCUUCAUCAAGCGGGACAAAGCCAACUUAAGUUACCACCUUUUUCUGUGCCUUAGUCCUGCUUUACUUGUCGAAAAUGGGAAAUUUCUUCUCUCUGCGAAGAGGAAUCGGCGAACUACUUGCACAGAGUAUAUUAUAUCCAUGGAUGCUGAUAAUAUAUCAAGAUCAAGCAGCACCUACAUUGGGAAGCUGAGGUCAAAUUUCCUUGGCACAAAAUUCAUAAUUUAUGACACCCAACCUCCCUAUAGUGGCGCCCAUGUCUCCCCACCUGGCCGGACAAGCCGGAGGUUCUACUCCAAGAAAGUGUCCCCGAAGGUCCCAACAGGGAGCUAUAACAUUGCUCAGGUUACUUAUGAGCUAAAUGUACUGGGCACUCGUGGCCCACGUCGGAUGCACUGCAUGAUGCACUCAAUCCCUGCCUCAGCUCUUGGUGCUGGUGGAUCUGUUCCAGGCCAGCCAGAGCUACUCCCUCCUCGUUCCCUUGAGGAUACGUUUGGGAGCAUCUCCUUCUCGAAGUCUAUUGAUCAGUCUGGUGAGUUCAGCAGUGCACGGUUCUCAGACAUUGUUGGAUCCCAUGACAACGAUGAAGACAACAAGGAGAGGCCAUUGGUUCUCCGAAACAAGGCCCCAAGGUGGCAUGAGCAGUUACAGUGUUGGUGCUUGAAUUUCCGUGGGCGGGUAACAGUUGCCUCGGUUAAGAACUUCCAGCUGAUUGCUGCUACACAGCCCGCAGCUGGUGCACCAACACCAUCCCAGCCAGCACCACCGUCAUCGGAUCAUGACAAGAUCAUCCUGCAGUUCGGCAAGGUUGGGAAGGACAUGUUCACCAUGGAUUACCGCUACCCUUUGUCUGCGUUUCAAGCCUUUGCAAUCUGCUUGAGCAGCUUUGACACCAAGUUGGCAUGUGAAUAGGUUAAAAAAAGAUAAAAUAGCAGGUAAUGGUGUUAUCUACAUAUAGGAGGAUAGGGUAAUGGUUGUUAAAUGUAUCCAAAAGCUUUGUUAGAACUAGAAUUCACUGUGACUGUUGCAGCACAAUUACUGCUUACAUUAGAAGGAAAUCUUCAUGGUAGCUUUCUUUCUUUGUUGU